GGACCCUUUGACUGGUUCGGCAAGAUCGGCGCCACGCCGCAGGCCGUGGCGGUGCUCAACGACCAGCCGAAUCUGUUCACCAUCCUGAUAUUGGUGCUGGUCGGUAUAGCGCUGCAGAUCACGCUGCUGUGGUUCAUCCACCACGCGACGCUGAAGCCCGAGCAGAAGAAGAAGAAGGAGAAGGACGACAAGAAG